CAGGGCUUCAUCAAAGCCUCUGGUAGCUUUCACAUUGCUAGUGUGUAUUUAUGAAGGUGAGAUGCUUAGUUGCUGGCAUCGCUUCAGGACGCGUUUAUCUUUCACGUGAUAUGUCAUGUGACUCGGGGUGUGGGCCCCAAGGGUUGCCCAACUGCUUCAGGGCUGCGAAGCUUUAAUAUCGACAGCUCUCAGACUCUAAGAAAGCUCCUUCAAAGUUUCUCUUCCUUCUCAACACCCGUUCAUCCACUCUGCUCGAGGGGCCCCGGAGUCCCACCUCUAUCCACAAACCAUGUCCGCUGCGAAGCUGACAUCUCUUGCUACCUCAACACUUUCUCUCCUGCUCGAACGGCAGCGUCUCCAGGCCUCCCAUCCCACUCUACAUCUGCAAAUAAUAUCAACCAACUUGCAUAAGAUUAGGGAUGGUGUCAUAGCCCUCCGCAACACUUCCGACGAUGAAGCUGCGGAAAGUCUUAGAGCACACUACGAACGGCUGCGCGGUAUGUUUGGGGAAGAAGCAGCAGAGAAGGCUGGACUGCAUACUAUACCCCCUCCGAUGCCACCGUCACCCCCACCUCUAGCUAAACGUGUUCCGAGUCCUGAGACAACCUACGAACCAUAUACUGACGAACCCUCACCGGAUCCAGAUGAGAAUGGGAUUUUGAUGCAACAGAGGCAGAUGAUGGAUGCACAGGAUGUCCACCUUGACCACCUUUCUUCUUCAAUUGGUCGACAACAUCACAUUUCGCUCCAGAUAGGCGACGAGCUCGAGGCACAUACGGGACUUCUUGAUGCCCUAGACACUGAGCUCGAUGGUACCGGUGCCCGCAUGUCCAGUGCGAGGCGCAAACUUGAACGUGUUGCUCAGGGCGCGAAACGAAAUGGCUCUACGGUCACGAUUGCUCUUCUUAUACUAAUACUCCUCAUCCUCAUUGUAGUGUUUAAGACCUGAUGAGAGCCAUAUUUAUGUAUCGCGCACAUCCUGUGGUAAGACUUAUUGGAAGGGACUUUCAAACAUCUGCUGGCAGCAACGAAAUCCAAUUGCUCAUCAUAAGCUACAGAAAAAGGCGUACGAUGGUACGAUGGAACACCUGUAACUCUAGGUAUUGAUGCGGUGUCCGCCGAGACAAUCUCAGAGCAAGUGACAGUUUGAAACUGGUCAUCCCUUGAAGACUGACCUGGCUCUAAUCCUUGAGCUUGACUCUUUGAAGAAAUGACUGUAUGAU